AUGUCCGCACCCCCUGGGCAGGAUGAAACUGGUGCCUAUUUAAUCGACAGAGACCCCACCUACUUUGGGCCUGUGCUGAACUACCUGAGACACGGGAAGCUGGUCAUUAACAAAGACCUUGCAGAGGAAGGAGUGCUGGAGGAAGCAGAAUUUUACAAUAUCACCUCACUAAUAAAACUUGUAAAGGACAAAAUUAGAGAACGAGACAGCAAAACGUCGCAGGUGCCGGUGAAGCACGUGUACCGUGUGCUGCAGUGCCAGGAAGAGGAGCUCACUCAGAUGGUGUCCACCAUGUCUGACGGCUGGAAGUUCGAGCAGCUGGUCAGCAUCGGCUCUUCCUACAACUACGGGAGUGAAGACCAGGCCGAGUUCCUGUGCGUGGUCUCUAAGGAGCUGCACAACUCCCCGUACGGCACGACCAGCGAGCCCAGCGAGAAAGCCAAGAUUUUGCAAGAACGGGGUUCAAGGAUGUGAGAACACAGUGAUGACAGCUGAAGAAACAUUUUAUCUUGUCCCAAGUUGCGACGAUCUGCCAUGUGGAGGAAGCUUGGCCGUGAGAAGAAACCUGCGUUUGACAAUUUCUCUGUAGAGAUUUGGGUGUGGAUCCUUUUUUGCCUCUGAGGUGGGCGGUGAGAGACGGGACCAGCUGUCUGAGGCCAGGCGUCUCCACUUGGAGGAGGCGUGCUGGCCGGGUGGGUGUCCCCACGGGGGCCUCCGUGAGGCAUUCCCCGGGCUGCAUGGGCCUGAGGCAGGAUGCUUCCAGCCAACCCCUGUAAUCACCGAAGGUCAUUUAAAGGACAGCGCUCUUGGUGCUAACAUAAACAGUCUGUGACGGAGCCUAGGCCUUACUGGUAGGAAGUGGCCGCAGCACCGUGGUCCCAGGCUCUGGGUGCCUGCUGGUCACCCACACGUGCACCAGGCCCUGGUCCUCGGGUCAGGGAGUCUGCUCUGCCUCCCCGGCAGGAGUGGUUGGCGAUUUGCACCCCUGGCGGGUGGCUCCUGAGAGAGACGGCCUCCACGUGUUCACUACUUCCCGGGCCUCGGCCCCGAGGCCCGGCCUCAUUCCGAGCCAGGCUCCCCGGCCUGACCCUGCCUGGAACAGUCGAGGCUUCUCCACUUGUAUUUUCCAGGCCAGAGAACUUUGCGUCCCUUCUUCCCUAGUGUGGAUGGACUACCCUGCGUUUUUACUCCUUAGAAAUGCCUACAAGCGUUGCCGCAUUUGGGACUGAUGUGUGAAGUCAUUGACAGGGACGGAGCAGUUUGUGUGGUGUGGCCCGGCCAUGGGCCUGUGGCGGAGCUGCCACCCGUCAGUGCCUUUGUCUCGCCUGGGAUGGAGGUCGGGGCGGGAGGCCUGUCCACCUGGCUUCCAGAGUGGAGACUCCAGGUCACUCUGAAAACCGGAUGUUUACACAAAUCUCUCCCUCUUGCCGGCUCGCUCCUUUUCUUUGUCUAACUAUGCAGUUCUCUCUGGGGUUUGGGGUGUUUGAGACUCCGGCGACCCGCACGGACUCUGCACGGACAUGACAUUGGAGCGACUGGGAUCCCUGUAAACAGCGCUGCUCGCAUGCUUUGAGGACAGAUCUUUCCUAGCUGUCGGGGGGCUGUCAGAGCCCGGUGAGGGGGUUGGCUCGGACGAGCAGCUGUCUGCUUCCUCACCAGGGCCGCUGUGCGCUCUGACUGCCGCUGAGCAGGGCAGAGGCCUGGGCGUGCUUAGUUUCCAGUGCUUCCGGAGGCUUCUUGCCUUUGCCCUCUUCUUUGCCAAUAACCUGAUUAACCAAGUUCUCCGGCACCCGGGAUUUACCUCCUCCUUUCUGUAAGGUCUCUUGUACAUUGUUAAAUGUUUGGCUUCAAAUUCAUCGCAACCUUUCUAGAGGGCACGUUUAGGGCCCGGCGACCCAUCCUCCCAGUGAGCCCGGGGCAGGGGCAGCCCCUCGUUGGCCUUGGGGUGUACCUGUGGGUGCUGCUGGCCACGUAGCGUUGUUUGAUCUAGGACCUUGACAUAAUAGAUAGGCUUGUGGUUUUUUAAUUUAAAGAUAUUAAGACUUAAUUCACUAAAAUUUAUUCUAAGGGGAUAUUUAUACUUUUAUACUUUUUUAGGUAUCCGUAUUUUAUCAGCUUACAGUUUAAUGCCUAAGUUUCCCCUGAAAAUAGCAAAUAAAAUUGUGUAUUUAUGAAUGAGAACAACUGUAAGUGCCUCAGAAUGCAUGGAGAAGGGUCUGCUGCAGAAGCGCUUCAUGGGCUCGGGGUGGCCCCGUCCGUGGCCCCAUCCAUGGGCUGUGGUCUGUGGCCUGCCCUGCGAGGGCCCGUCUUCCUCCCCUCGGCUGGGCCGCCUUGCCUACCCCCUGCUGGCAUCCUGCCCCCUCCCCGGGGACAAAGAUCAUCUUCGAGUGACAUGUUUAAAGCACGCUCAUCCUGCCCAGAAGUGCCACCUGCGGAGACAUUUCUCCGGUCCUGGGGUGCCUCCCCCACCCCCCAUCCCCACAGCUGCUCCGGCUUCCCCCACUGGCUGUUGUUCGAAAGCUCUGGGCCGCCCCCCCACACUUGGGGGAAAGCCCCCCUGAGGCUGGCUAGGAUGUCUUUGACCCCAGCCUUGUCCGAGUGUCCAUCCUGCUUGCAGGUGUGCCGCUGGCCUGGCCAGGGCUCCCAGGGUCCUGGGGCUUUGUCCUGCUGGCCCAGUUUGGGGAGCUGGACCUACUUGCCUGGGGGGGGGUGCUCAGUGUGCAGCCAGGGGCACAUGGGGAAGGACUCCAAAUCCUGCUUCAAAGAGUUGGCUUUCUGUGCAGACUGACUUGGCACCUUCCAGCUCUGAUGCCAACAGCAAAUCUGAACGUGUCUCCUGUCCAAGCAAAGGACUGGAAGGAAGCCAGCCGCCCACCCCUGUCCCGAGACUGAGGGCCCUUACUCUGGGUCUCCUGGGCAGGGAGGGAGCCCUGCCUCUUGAACCUUGCGCUCCAGCCUGUCUGCCGGGGGUAGGUGUGAGGAGGGCAGGGGCCCAGCUUUCUGGGCAGCCAGCCCGGUAGCUCCAGCAGGCAGGACAGAAGAGGGAGGCGGGUGCGUGGAGUGUGCAGCUGCUGGUCCCCCCCGCUGAGCCCGUGUCCAGAACCUUCUAGGGCCCUGCAGAGGGGCAGGCAGCAGCCCUGGUCCCCUGGCCAGGCUUCUCCUCCCUGCUGUGCUUGGUUGUGUCCACCCAGCAGGUCUUUCUGGCCUCGUAACAUCCUCCCCAGAGCAGGAGGCAGUGGCUGGCUCGGGGGGCCCAGGGCCGCAGCUGUUCCUCCGUCCCUGGGAGCCUGUGCCCUCAAGCCGGCCGGGUGCCUCAGAGCUUGUGUGAUCAGUGGCCUGGCCGGGGGCCGGGCUCCGCUCCAGCCCCCCGGGUUGAGAGGGACUUGGUCUCUGGUUUUGACUUGCACACACACCCCUUUUCCUUCCUCCUGAGUGCGUCCCGCCUGCCCUGCCUUCUGAGCACCUGACCUCGGGGUGGCUGCAUCAGGCUCCUACUCCCUGCACAGAUGCUCCAGGGCCUGGGACUCAGCACAGGGUACAGGGCCAAUCCUUUGACCUCACAGCCACAGCUGACCUCUGGUUCUUGAGGCCAGAAGGGGCCUGGAGAGCUGGCCCAGUGGUUUUCCUUCCUGGGGCUCCCACAGGCUGAUCGUAAUGCGCACACAGGUAUGGAUUUCCGUGCUUGGCUGCAGCCCCCGAGAGGUCGGCCCCCUCCUCCUGUUUCCCCUGCAGGCUGCUGUGGUUGCCCCAAGGUGGGCUUUUCGCUGUGGGCCCCAGCCUAUGCAGGAAGACAGUCUCCUGGUCUGUGCCUGCCUGCUCUCUGACACCUCCGUCCACCCCCUGGCAGAUGGCUCUGAGGCUUGGCAGCAACAUGGAAAGUUGUGUAUGAGCUGCCCCCCUGCCCAGGGUGGGAGAGGAGACGGUGACGGCAGGACGGUUUCUCUCCUCAGCCCCUGUCCCAACACUCGUCCACUUGCUGUGGGUGUCAACUGCAUGAAAUAAACCUCUCCCUUUAAACCCCCA